AUGGCUACAGCAUGUGCUGAUAGAGGAGACAGCAUAGCACUGGCUGUCCUGAGCCUGAAUCCAGGAGGGUCCUGUCCCUGCACUGAGCCUCAGUCUCCCCAGAAGCAGGGUACAACUGGUUUAACCAGUGCCCAUCUGAAUGAUGAGAAGGGCCAGCAGGACACGGACCCCUGGAAAACGGCCUGCAGUUCCUCGGACACCUCCAACUUCAAGUACCAGGGUCUGUCGUCCCCACAGCCCCUGCCCCGGACAGCCAGCACUCAAGGCAGCUCUCUAGGGCAGUGCCACUUGGAGGAGGUGCCCCCUCCACCCCCAACUGCUGCCAGCAGGUAUUCUCUGGGGAUGGACCCACAGUCCAGGUCCCUGAAGAACGGGGGCUCUCGAUCCUCCUCGAGAGAGAACAGGGCCACCUUGAGAGAGGGGUCUCAGCCAUGCCAGGGGACAGAUGAAGGUCCCAGCUCGGGAACCCAGGACCAGAGGAGCACACCCAUGAGCCAGAAAAGCAGCAUAAUUCCUAACAACAUUCGCCACAAGUUUGGAAGCAACGUGGUGGACCAGCUGGUCUCCGAGGAGCAGGCUCAAAGGGCUAUCAGUGAAGUCUUCCAGGGCCAGAAGAAGGCGAGCUCAUGGCCCAGCAGGAAACAGAGUCCUGCGGAGAUCUCCUCCAUCUUCUCAGACUACUAUGACCUCGGCUACAACAUGCGGUCAAACUUGUUUCAAGGGGCUCCUGAGGAGACAAAGAGCCUCAUGAAGGCUUCCUACACCCCAGAGGUCAUUGAGAAGUCAGUGCGGGACUUAGAACACUGGCAUGGCAGGAAGACGGAUGACCUGGGUCGGUGGCACCGGAAAAAUGCUAUGAACCUGAACUUGCAGAAAGCACUGGAAGAGAAAUAUGGAGAAAACAGCAAAUCUAAGAGCUCAAAGUACUAGAUUUGACAUGGUAAAGGUGUCCACUACUCAAAUAAAAUGUUAACAAUAA